CACGCAGAACGCGGUUCACUUGCGGCUACGUGCUCACGCAAGCAGGGGCAAGAUCAAGACAUUGAUUACACUCGAGGCUGCCACCAUGGACAACCCUCGCGUUGUGGAUCUCCGAUCGGACACGCUGACCAAGCCGACGACCGAAAUGCGACAGGCCAUGAGGGACGCGGAAGUUGGCGACGACGUCUUCAAGGAGGACCCCACCGUCAACGAGCUCGAGCGUGUGGUGGCCGAGUUGCUGGGAAAGGAGGCUGCUCUGUUCGUGCCCACGGGAACCAUGGGAAACCUGGCAGCAGUUAUGGCCCACUGUGACCAAAGGGGUCAGGAGAUCCUCGUCGGGGACGCAUCGCACAUAUUUCUCAACGAGCAAGGCGGCGUGGCUCAGGUGGCAGCCGUGCAGAGCUGGGCAGUGCCGACGCAGAAGGACGGUCGACUCCUGCUGGAAGACCUGGAGUUCCGCAUGAGGCCUCGUGACUUCCACUGCCCCAAGACCGCACUGCUGUGCCUGGAGAACACGCACAACGUGUGCGGAGGCACCGUACUCCCCGUAGACUACGUGGAAAAGGCCGGACGGUUCGCGAAGGCUCACAACAUCCCUCUGCACAUGGACGGCGCCCGAAUCAUGAACGCCGCGACGUACCUGGGUCUUCCCGUCAAGGAUCUGCUCAGGCAAUGCGACACCGUAAUGAUGUGCAUCUCAAAGGGCCUCGCCUGUCCCAUAGGAUCCCUGGUGGCUGGCCCGAAAGAUUUCAUUUACAAGGUGUCCAGAGUACGCAAGUGUCUGGGCGGAGGAAUGCGCCAGGCAGGCAUCGUGGCCGCAGCUGGUCUCGUCUCCCUGAAGACGAUCGUGCCCGGGUUACACGAGGACCACGAGAACACGCAAAGGCUAGCGAGGGGCGUCUCUUUGAAGGGCAACCCGUACGUGAGCAUGGACCUGGAGACGGUCCAGACCAACAUGGCCGUGUACGACUUCCACGACAUCCGUCGGCUGUCUCCCGUCACCUUCUGCGAGCGUCUCCUAAAGGUGACGGAGAGGGAGUACGAAGACCUCCAGCAGGCCGUCACGGUGAAGAUGAUUCCCAUCAGUCAAAGCAAGGCCCGCGCUGUGCUGCACAACGACGUCAACGCAGAUGACGUGGACGCGGCAGUGGUCAAGAUACGCUACGUCAUCGAAGAACUGUGUCGCUCUGCCGGGGCCUAGACCGAGUUUAUGUGGUUGUGAAUGUACUUGCCACGAGUACGGAAGGGGCACCGUGGCAGCACAUACGCGCAUGCGCAGAGGCGGCGGACAACACCUCUGUAUGUCACUCGCAGUAAACGCCUGUAUACGCAACACGAAAA